GCUUUUGCUUCAGUUUUUAAUGAAAUAUGCAUGCUCAUAAGAUCAAAGCAGGACACAUUUGGGUCAAAUUAUAAUAGAACAAGAUAAAAAUAGAUUAAGACAUAAAAAAAAUAAUCGUUUCAAAGCCUUGCACGUCAAACAAAACGUGUUUUACUUUGCCAUAUCUCCAAUUAGACCCCAUAAAGUUGAAAUAAAAUGUUAAUAAUUUGCUCCUGCGGAGGACUCUGGUUGUGAAUGGGUGCCUUCCUUUAGGUCCCGCCUUUUCCGGUAUCACAGUCCAAUCAGCGGCGCCGCUGAGACUCGGUGGGACGUAACGUCAGCUGCCGUCGUGUCUGGAUUGGAAUGUUACCGACUAACAAUCGGAACAACUGAGCACUCGGUAAUUGGACGCCAGGAUCAAGGAAUUCCUCUUCUUUUUUUUUUUUUUUUGGAACAAUUUCUCCGAUAUUAACUCCGCCGGAGGUUCUCCUCGCGCCGACCGGACAACUUCGGCCGCUUCGUGUCCCUCCGCCGAUGAGGUUUUUCAUUUUGUGUCGGUUCGCUUGACGAUUAUGUGCGGCGGAGGYGAUAAAUAAGGAGAGAAAUGCAGGGAUUUGUCAGGUUACAGUAGGACCGCCGAGCUGCUCCCCCUGUGUCUCUGCUCCCCCACUCCUCACAGGGCGACCAUGGAGAGGUAAAAAAAAAAGAGAGAGAGAAAAGGGGGACUAAAUUCAACCCGAGGCUUUUGAGGUAGGAGCGCGGAGGGGUUCACUCUGCCUGCCCGGUGUUUAAACAUCCGAACCGGGCUGUACCUUGACGUCUGGGAGAGCCUCGGGGACCGCUGCUCGCCUGAGAAGAAGAGGAGAGUUUCCAGGCGGCUGUGGGAGAGUUUCCUGUCCGGUUCGAGCCGGCUGAAUGAGCGGAAAGAGUCCCAGCGUGUGAUUGUGUCCGAAGGGGUCCGUGGAGCACCGAAGCCCCCCUCCGGCUGACAUGCUGAAACUCCACAGGAGAGGGAGGAAGGGACGAGGCGUCUAAACAUCGCCCACAUGCGCUGGAUCAAUCGCUGGAUUUCGGAACAGAACACGCAGAAGGGGGGCCGGGGAUCCGUGGAAGCUGCCGGAGGAUGGAGCGGUGCAGCCGGGGCUGGUGAGAGCCGAACUUGGGGCCACUUGACCUCCAGUCUUAUUCCCGAACAACUCGCCUCUGUUCCCAGGACACAUGCAGGCCAAAAAACGCUACCUGAUCCUGGUCUCCGCCGGUGCGUGUCUGGUGCUUCUCUUCUACCUCGGAGGGGUGCAGCUUCCAGCGGCCAGGAGGAGCCGGCAUGAGCGCAGCAGGAACGGGUACCGGUCGGAUCAGCCCUGGCCCCACUACUCCGACCCGUUACAGGCGUUCCUGCCCUGGGAUCAGACCGACACCGAGGACUACAACCUGCACAUUUCUCCCCGGCAGAAGAGGGACGUCAACAGGAGUGUUUACAAAGGUAAACGGUGCCGCAUGGACUCGUGUUUUGACUUCUCUCUGUGCCAGAGGAACGGGUUCAAAGUUUAUGUUUACCCCCAGCAGAAGGGGGACAAGAUCUCAGAGAGUUAUCAGAACAUUUUAUCCAUCAUCGAGGGCUCCAGGUUUUACACCUCAGACCCCGGACAGGCGUGCCUGUUCGUCCUGAGUUUAGACACUCUGGACCGGGACCAGCUGUCCCCCCAGUACGUCCACAACCUGAAGACCAAGGUCCAGAGCCUGCCUCUGUGGAACGACGGCAGGAACCACCUCAUAUUUAACUUGUACUCGGGGACGUGGCCGGACUACACGGAAGACCUGGGCUUCGACAUCGGCCAGGCCAUGUUGGCCAAGGCCAGCAUCAGCACCGAGAACUUCCGGCCCAGCUUCGACGUGUCCAUCCCGCUGUUCUCCAAGGACCACCCGAGGACCGGCGGGGAGAGGGGCUUCCUCAAAUACAACUCCAUCCCGCCGUUCAGAAAGUACAUGCUGGUGUUCAAGGGGAAACGCUACCUGACAGGCAUCGGCUCGGACGCACGGAAUGCCUUAUAUCACGUCCACAACGGGGAGGACGUGGUGCUGCUCACCACCUGCAAGCACGGCAAGGACUGGCAGAAGCACAAAGACGCAAGGUGUGACAAGGACAACGCAGAGUAUGACAAAUUCGACUACAAGGAGAUGCUCCACAAUUCCACCUUCUGUUUGGUGCCCCGGGGCAGACGGCUGGGCUCCUUUCGCUUCCUGGAGGCGCUGCAGGCUGCGUGUGUUCCUGUGAUGCUGAGUAACGGCUGGGAGCUGCCUUUCUCUGAGAUCAUCGACUGGAACACGGCGGCGGUAAUCGGCGACGAGAGGCUCCUGCUGCAGAUCCCGACCACGGUGCACUCCAUCCACCAGGACCGGAUCCUGUCCCUCAGACAGCAGACCCAGUUCCUCUGGGAGGCCUACUUCUCCUCUGUGGAGAAGAUUGUGCUGACCACGCUGGAGAUCAUCCAGGACCGGGUCUUGGAGCACGGCUCCAGGAGCAGCUUGAUGUGGAACAGUCACCCCGGGGGUCUGUUUGCUUUACCACAGUACUCUGGAUACCUGGGAGACUUUCCCUUCUACUACGCCACACUGGGUAUCAAACCGUACCCCAAGUUCACUGCCGUCAUCCAUGCCGUGUCUCCUCUGGUGUCCCAGUCCCAACCCAUCCUCAAGCUGCUGGUAGCUGUGGCCAAGUCCCAGUACUGCGCUCAGAUUAUCGUCCUGUGGAACUGCGACAAGCCUCUCCCCGCAAAACACCGCUGGCCCGCCACCUCAGUGCCCGUCAUCGUCAUCGAGGGAGAGAAUAAGGUCAUGAGCAGCCGCUUCCUGCCGUACGACUCCAUCACGACGGACGCCGUCCUCAGCCUGGACGAAGACACGGUGCUGUCCACCACAGAGGUGGACUUUGCCUUCACCGUGUGGCAGAGUUUUCCGGAGCGGAUCGUGGGCUACCCGGCCCGCAGCCACUUCUGGGACAGCAACAAGGAGCGCUGGGGCUACACGUCCAAAUGGACCAACGACUACUCCAUGGUUCUGACCGGCGCCGCCAUGUUUCACAGGUAUUAUCACUUCCUGUACACCCACUACCUGCCCACCAACCUGAAGAACAUGGUGGACCAGCUGGCCAACUGCGAGGACAUCCUGAUGAACUUCCUGGUCUCUGCUGUCACCAAGCUGCCCCCCAUUAAGGUCACACAGAAGAAGCAGUAUAAGGAGACCAUGAUGGGACAGUCUUCGAGGGCGUCCCGCUGGGCCGAUCCGGACCACUUCGCCCAGCGGCAGACCUGCAUGAACAAGUUCGCCAGCUGGUUCGGCACCAUGCCGCUCAUCCACUCCCAGAUGAGACUGGACCCGGUCCUCUUCAAGGACCAGGUCUCCAUCCUCCGCAAAAAGUACAGGGACAUCGAGAGGCUCUGACAGGACCGCCGCCCCCUCUGGGGAGACCCCGCGCAGGGGGAGAGGGACUCGGAGGGCCGGAGGAGCCGGACCACAGCGGGAUGGACAGGGAGAGACGCUGCUCUGUCUUCCACUCAGCACAUUGCCAAUGAGCACAGCUCUGCUGCUGCCAGGAGCUGAUGCAGGAGGGACGAAAAAAAUCUGGAUUUAAAGACAAAAAGAUGCCAAACCGUACAGUUUGUUCCACAAACACACGGCACACUACUGACAGGAGCUGUGGGGUAGAAUAUUUUUUUGUACGAGGACGUCCUGCUCUCCGCACACGCGCAGGAUGGUGUUCGCGACGGCUAACCUGGCAACCCAACCUACCACGAAUACUACCCCCUCCCUCGUCUGCAUCAGGACGUAAAACUGGACUCAGAACACAAUCCUUUGUUUCCACCAAUAAGGUAAAAAAAAUUAAAAACAGCAGCGUCCGAGCUGUUAAUCCUGAGGUUGUUUUCAGCACCACAAACAUGUCGGUUCAUUCCUUUACGUGUCRAUGUCUUUUCUAACGCUCUGUCUGCUCGCCUUUUAUCGCCGAGGUUGAGUUAGAAAAACGUCUCAUUUCGUUUCUCAUUUCCCCGUUUUAUUUCCCUCUGUUUGUGCGCAGAGCCUUGAAAAGUUGGCUCAUCCAACCGUAAGCUCGAGCGGAGUCCAUUUUUCCUCUUAUGAAACGAGCGAAACGAAUAUUUGUGGCUGAAAUGGAGCAGAACCCAAACUUUGUUUCUUUUCCUGCGUGGUCUCUGAGCUCCAUCCUUACAGGGGAGACGUCGCGUCGUUUAAAUGUUUCCCCUUCAACAUAUCAGACGACCUCGCAGACUUUAAAUUAAUGAAACAUAUUUUGAACAUUUCACCUCAUAACAUCUGCUCACUGCAUCCACUUUAAAGGGAUAGCUCACAUCUUGCACAAUGAAUAUCUUACCUGCUGUAGAUAAUGUUUUGRACAGACGAGCUCACAGGUUGACCACGAUUAAAGAAAACUGCCAUGCUAAAAUAAAUAAAUAAAUAGUAAUUUGUCGGUUUUAUAUUACAGGUGCAGUUAGCUGUAGCACUUUCAGCGGAAACUAUUUUGUCGUCACAGCAAAUUUAAAAUUUAAUCCAUUCAUACAUGUGAAGCUCAAAACAAGAAACUGCUAAAUCUGACCACUGAUAUUACAUCAACGACUAUAAAUAUUUAUUCUGAACCAUUCUCAACAAAUUGUGAGAUGUUGGCAGAUUUCUGUUUGAGGCACUUAGUUUCCCCAAAACAGACAGAAAAACUCCUGAAAGAGUCCGAGCAGGUCCUAACCUAACUAAUCUGUAUAAASAGCAUUUAUGAAUUGUUUUCUUGAUGUAAUUAUUCAAUAUGUUAAUGAUUUAUCACAAUGUAUUGUUCCACUCUUAACGUUAAAAAAUAACUUAAUCUAAUCUUAGGCUGCUGCUGCGAUUAAAGCUGUUUUUCACCAGUUAUUUAUUCACAAAUCAACCGUUUCAGUAACUUCACCUGGUUCAUCUACGGUAGCUCUACUGGGACAAACUGCACGGAGCAGCAGCUGUAAUCUGGUUUAGAUUAGACCCUGUGUGAAACGUGACAUCCAUGUUGGAAGUGCUGUGAUUUGUCAUCACUGGUGAUGAAGUUUACACAAACAGAUCAUCUACAGCAGGCAGGACUUCACACAGAACCCCAGUGCAGAAAUAUCUGAAUUAUCCCUUUAAAGCUCUUGAAUUAAAGCUUUURGUGGCCUUUCUGUCAGCAUGUUUCAACGCUGUUAUCACUGUAAACUUUUCUUUGUUUUUUUUGUUUUUACAGCCGGUGGAACAUCUUUUCCCAUCAUGUCUUUGUUUUGGACAUCAUGUUUUUAUUUACUCUGGGACUAAAAAACAAACAGAACCGACGUCAGGUCUGCAGAAAAAAAAAAAAACGUUUCACAUUCCUGCGUUCGUUAAAAACGGAUCCGACUGCGACAUCGGGACUAAUCCCGUGUCUCUGAGGGGAGCGUCGGUAUUUAUUCAUCUUAUUUCCUGCGCGCAGACGCCAGAUAUCACAUCCAUCACCCUCGAAUGUAUUUCUAAUUCAGGACUCCCCGAGAGAGUUCUGAGCGYUUCCAGCAGCAGUUCUGUGACUCCUGAUGGCUGCAGACAGCACUGAUCUAGAAUUGGAUUGGGCUGCACCAUCUUGGCUCUCCACGGGAGUCAAAUUAUAAAAACCACACCGGCUGACACGAGGAAUAACAAGCAGCUGGGUCCCUGGUACCAGAUGGGACCGUUUUCAGAUCCCCUCCCUCCCGUGUUUUACCGUAAUGAGCCUGAGUUUAGCUUACAGAGAACUUUAUGCAAGUUAUUAUCUGGCUCUUCGACGCGGGAUGAAAGUUUACCUGAAACGUUCCGGGCCGCGUCGGCGCCGCUGAAAAAAAAAAAACCCUGCCUGCUCUUGAUUUGUGCCUUUUUCCUCUCGACAGUUCUGCUGGARGCCACCGGCUCCAGCAGAACCUUUAAACAUUUCUGACUACAUACACUGGAUGAGUUACGGAUCCCGUUUCCCCUCGUUUUCAUGUUGUGUUUGGACACUGUUGCUGCGGUGACGACGCAUGACCACUUCCUGUUUGACGACAUAUCCGGCCGGUGAUUUAAAACAAUAAAAACACAAGUCCAGCUGUCCUGAUGCCUUUCCUCCCUCCUACCUUGGAAUUAAGAGAAGACUUUUAUAGAGGCCACAAAUGAAAUAGAUAAAUGUCAAUUUUGUAAGAAUGAUUUAUAAAAAAAUAAACUCAUAUUUGAUUAUA